UUCUGUUUUUGGGUUGAUCAGAAUUUCAUUCAUUGAAAUUGAAUUUAAUUUCUGAACAUGAAUUUAUUUUUGUUUUUAUUGUGAUUUCGGUUUUUUUUAUAUGAGAGUUUGAUCAUUUGUAAUUUACUUUAAUCUUGUUCAAUAGUAGUGUGACUAACCCGUUUUGUUUUACUUUGCUGGUAAUGACUUGAAAAUUGUGAAUCAAAUUGUUGGCAGGGGGGCCAAGGAGAGAGAGAGUUUUGUGAAAGAGAGAGAGAGUAAAACAGAGGCAAGUUAUUCAAUUUUUAAUAGAAAACUAAAGGAAAAAGAUUGAAGAACAGGUAUAAGAGAAGGAAAUUCAAUCCAUUCAUACCAUCAACUUCAACUUCACCAUCAUCAUCAUCUUGUUCAUCAUAAUUUUUCACAUUGCAAGUUAAAUUGAUCAAGUUUAUUGCUUUUCUCAUCUUGUGAAUCAUCUUCAUUCAAUUUCCUUGAAGUAAUAAUCAAAAUCAUCUCAUAUCUACUUUUGUCCUCGUUACCUUUUUCUUCUCCCACUCUCUCUCUCUCUCUCUCUCUCUCUCCUUUCAUUUACUUUCAUAUUCACGCACAGACAACAUUAUCUCGUUUUAUCCAUUUUUGGCUAACUUAAUCAUUCGUCAACCUUAAACUUAUCUGAAAGUAAAUUGAAACGACUGGUAAUGGCCGCUGGAUUAUAUGAUAUCACCAAUGAAACCCUUGGUAAGGGACAUUUUGCUAUCGUUAAAUUGGCCCGACAUUGUUUGACAGGAGAGCUUGUUGCUGUUAAGAUAAUUGACAAGAUGAAAUUGAAAAAAGAGGGAUUAAGACAACUUGGUCUGGAAAUUAAAUUGUUAUCACGUUUAUCCGAAAAAGAACAUCCUAAUAUUGUUAAAUUGUACCAAGUGAUUGACACAAAGACAAAGUUAUAUCUGGUAAUGGAAUAUCCUGGUAAAGAUGUUUGUGAUCUCUAUGAUUAUAUUGAUCGUAAAAGUAGUAAAGGAUUAAAGGAGACAGAAGCUCGUCACAUAUUCAGACAGAUUUGCAGUGCAAUACACUAUUGUCAUUCCUUGCGAAUUGUUCACCGUGAUUUAAAACCUGAGAAUAUCUUGAUCGUUAAUCAACCCACCGAUUGUAACAUAACUAUUGAUGGUCACCUCUACCCUUUGGUUAAGCUAAUUGACUUUGGGUUUUCUAAUCAAUGGGAUGAAGGGGAAAAACUGAGAACCUCCUGUGGCUCGUUAGCCUAUUCAGCCCCUGAGAUAUUACUAGGAGAUCAUUAUGAUGGCGAUAAAGUUGAUAUUUGGGGCCUUGGUUGUAUUCUCUAUAUAUUAUUGUAUGGAUAUAAUCCUUUCAUGCAGAUCAAUGACAGUGAAACGCUAAUCAAAAUAUUGGACUGUUCUUUUACAACACCUCGAAGACCCUCUAUCUGUGAUUCCUCAAUUCACUUAAUCAAAUCUUUAUUACAACGUGAUCCUAAUUCUCGUUUAACUAUUAAGGGAGUUCUUGACCAUUGUUGGUUAAAAGCUUCUCACGAAGAUGAUGAAAACGAAUCGGAAGAUGGUGGAAACUGUAGUGAUAAUUUUACUCAAGAGACUAUUUCAAUAAGCUCACGAAAUGAAUCUAGUGAUCUCAACAAAUUAUCUCCUGUCAAAUUACCUAAAACAGAAUCAAACAUUCACGAAAAAGUAAUUGAUCAUAUGCUCUCACAAGGAAUGUGUUCAUCUAAAGACCAUGUUGAAAGUGCCCUGAAAAAGACUCGAGAUCGUGUCAAUCGAACCAAAUCAAGUGAAUUAAUAACAUCACCUGUUGAAAUCUCAGUUCAAGUACCUUUACCAAUAAAUGGAGAGAAAUUAAAUGAGAAUAAAUCUUCACAAGAUAAUUAUGUAACUGCCACCUAUCAUCUGUUGAAGGAUAAAUUAGUUCGUGAGCUUCAUCACAAUAAUACCAAUUCCACAGCAUCAUCAGAGUCUCAACAAUCUAAAGAAAAGCAUCAUCUUAAAACAAGAAGAGGACCAAGAAAGCCGAUUGUCCAACAAGCUCCUCGUUUAAGGCCAAAUUUUGGAUCUCCGUUGAGAGACUCGAGCAAUGAUAAAAGCAAUAAAGUUAAUCAGUUGGAAGUUUCUUCAUCCGAAGAUGAUCAAUCUUUUAUUCUUCCAUUAGCCAGAAAAUGUUCCAUUGUCAGUGAAGAAGGAAGUUGCGCUGGAACUGAUAUUUCCGGUAACGAUGGUCCAAAUGAACCUUUACUAGAGAUCGAACCAACAUUGUAUGAAUCAUCUCGUCCAUCCGUAGAUAUAAUUGUGACUGAUUUCAGUGAAAAUGAUCAUAAAUCUGUAGAUGAGUGUAUCGAGGAAGCAGAUGAAUUGGACUCAUGUGAACGAGAAUUACCAAUUGAUUUUAGUCAUGAUAACAAAAUAGAUUUACAAGAGUCACAAGUGAAAGUAGAUAAAAUUAAUCAUGACAUCGGUGGUGAUACUACUUACGAAAAUAAUAAAGUAACUUGUGAUGAAACAACAGAUAGAAUAGAAGAAGAAUCAUCUCCUCGAUUAUUAAAAACUUCAUCAAAUGAAUUCAUCGCUAAUCAACUUCAUCUUGUCUCAAGUUCACCCGAACUUUUACGUGAAGAUGAUUUUAAUUGUGAACUUCGCAGUGAUGAUGAACACAAUCUCUCAUCAGUUGAUUGUGACCCAUCGAACAUUGGAUAUCCCACCUCCCAUCGUACGAAACCCUCUCUCGCUCUUACAAGUAGUGUCACAGCUUCUCCCACUAUGAUACUCGCUGAUGGCCAAGGUGAUAGUAAAAAUGACAUCGGUGAUCAUGUAAUUAAUCAUUUAACUCAUAACUCCAACUCUAAAUCAACAACAAACGGUGGAUCAACUACAACCUCUUUACGAAUUAUCGUUCAAUCAAAGUCUUGCAACAAUAUACUCUUCGGCGAUGAGGACAGAUCUUGUUUACCUUGCAACACUUCAUCUUCAUCAGCAGUCUCUAAAUCUAGGAAAGGUCUUUCUAGUAAUUACAGAGUGAGCUCACUUCUCAAGCGUAAUAAGGAUGAGAAGGCCGAUUGUUGCAGCAUUUGCUGACCACUUAUUACGGACGCAAAGGAGCAGAUGAAAAGUGUCAACAUAAACAACAAGUCAUUAGAUGACAACAAAUUAAAGCAAGAAGAUGAGGAAAACCAAACGAGGAAGCAAAAAGUCAAGAUAACUUAUCAUUAUUCGUGCUGAUGAAUCAAAAAAGCUAUUAUUUAUUUCGUCCUUUUCUUCCUCUUCAUAUUUUCUCUGAAGCCUUCAUGUAGAUUCGAUAUUUUGGGAAACGCGAUAAUUCCCGAUGUUCAUUUUUCUUCAAUGAAUUAAUUCUCUCUCUCUCUCUCUCUCUCUCUCUCUCUCUCUCUCUCUCUCUCUCUCACCUUCCCUCUUUUUUUGCAUCUUUGUAGAAAAAAAUUUCGGUUCCCUUUUUCAUCUUCCUCUCCAUAUGCUCAGGCCAAAGACAAAACGCAAUUAGUUGAUUAUAUUAACAUAGAGAAAACCAAUUUCAUCAGAAAUUAAAACUGAUCAAUUAAUCAGUUUGGUAGUUAAAUUUAUCCAAGACUGUAAAAAACAAUUUAACCGAUUCUUUUUCAAACUCUCCCUUUAUCAUCGUUACAAAAAUGAAACCUAAGCAACAACCUCAAUCCUCCUUAUUAAUAUAAAUGAAAAGAUAGUUAACCCAUUUGCUAACAAUAAUUUUCUGUAUGAUAUUUAUGAUUAAAUAUCAUAACUUCCCUAACUUAUUAUUCUACCUGUUGUACAACAAAAACAUGCCAAUUCUGUAAAUCUUCCCACUUCGCAAAAAAAUCAAUUUAAAGUAACAACAAAAAAAAAUCUAAUUCUGUUUCUCUGA